UGCAGGUCUACAUCGGGGGACUCUGUGCAGCUGGUGGAGCAGUCCCUAGACACCAACCUGCUAAACAAUGCUGUGCGACUGCGACUGACUCACUGCAGCGUCCUUCCUGGGGGGAUCCACGUCCAGGAGACUCUUAACAACGUGGUCAUCCUCAUAUCGACCAAUCAGAGCGUCCACAGGCUGCUGCUGCCCCACCCCUCCCGCAUGUACCGCAGCGAUCUGGUGACAGAGCUGCACAUGCAGUCCAUCUUUACCGACGUGGUGAAGAUGAGUCUGCAGGACGUCGCCCACAGCGCCAUCAUCCCCGGCGCUCUGAGCCCCAGCACCGGCACCGCCUGGCUCAGUCAGUCUGGGGAGGCCCACUAUGCCCUGGCUGCACCGGCCGGGGGCAUCGUGGUGGUCACUCUGCCGCCGCUCGGCACGCCAGGCGGCGUGUCGGUGCUGGAGCUGAAGAGGAGCUCCAUGAUGCAGCGAUUCUCCGGCUGGAUGCCGACAGCGAUCCGUGGAGACCAGAGUCCUUGUGACCGGGCUCUGAGUCUGGUCGUCAGGGAGCUACAGGACGACUGCUUCAUCUUCGCCCUGUGCCAGGACCACAAGCUUCGCAUGUGGUCUUUCACGGACCAGGCGUGUGUGCUGGAGGCAGACAUGCUGGACUACAUGCCGGCCUGUAAAGGCGUGAAGCGUAACCCCGGUAAUUGUCAUCGCUUGCGACUGGCGUUCACCCCCAACACGGGUCUGUGUCUCUGCGUCUACCUCGCCGUCCCUCGGAGAGGACAGUUCAUCGUCCUUCAGCUGGUCGCCGCAGGCAACCAGCGCUACAGUUUAGAGCACAUCUCCUCCCUCUUCACCACACAGGAGACGCUGGUGGACUUCUCUCUGACCCCGACGGACAUCUGGGGCGUCUGGGUGGAUGAAUCCAACGCCUCUGUGGUCAAGUACAUCAACUUUGAGCAUAACUCGGCGGGUCAGUGGAAUCAGGUGUUUGUUCAGCCUCCGCCUGAAGAAGAAGUUCACAUCGGAGCAGACCAGGACCCCAGAGAAACCUACCUGGACGUUCUAUUCUCUCCGCUUCGCUUCACAGCUUCAGCCAUCGUCAAAGCUCUACAGAUCUUCCGUCGAGGCUCGGAGAGGAUCUCUGAUCUGUCCUGGGACACUCUGAAGAAGGAGGUGACGGUUGCCGUGGAGACCGAGCUGCAGAGCAGUGUGACGGAGUUUGAGUUUUCUCAGGAGGAUUACCGACAGCUGCAGGUGGAGUUCUGGUCCCGGUUCUACGCCUGCUGUCUGCAGUACCAGGAGUCUCUGUCAGAACCGCUGGGUCUCACAGUGAGCCCGAACACACACAUGGCCUGUCUCCUGAAGAAGGGCUUUGUGUCAUUCCUUCUUCCUUGUUUUGCUGUGGAUCACCUGUACCUGUCCUACGAUGAGCACCUGUUCUCAGAGGAGGAGACGCCGCUCGCCGAAGGUAACCUGACCUUUAACCUCCGCCCAUUUGGAGUCCGGGAGAUGGUCUGGACCAGGUCAGGGGAUGGUCUGGACCGGUACUGUAGUCUGGGCGUGGCGGUGGCGUCUUCGUCCUCGCUGCCCGUCAGUCUCAACAGGAAGUCCUCCUUCUCCACCUCGGUAACACUGACCCAGCAUGAAGCGACACGAGCCGGUGUUCACCUGACACCACGGACCAAUCAGACGCACGUACUCCUGCAUGGGGGGGGGAACAGUGUGCAUGAGCUCUCCUCCAAUCAGAGGAGGCCCCGCCUCCAAUCAGACAAGAUAGAGGUAAUGAGGGUGAAACCCACCUGCAGCUGUGUGUACUGGCAGUUGGCCAUCAGACACUCAGGGAACUGGAAACCAUGCUGGACCACGUACGAGCGUCCAGGAGCGUCUCCAAAGAGGAACUCAGACGGAGAGUUUUCUUCUGAACCAGUGAAGCGUCAGGUGGACAUCCUGGAACUUAAGGACCUGGAGAAGGAGUACAUCCUGUCCCGCAGCCGCCUCACGCUCGCCCAGCACCACCCGCCGUCUGCCGCCAUCGCCGGUAGUGCGUCCCCGGUGGAGAUGGUGUCCCUAUUGGUCCAAACUGGACUGUUUGACUCAGCUCUGUCAGUCUGUCAGACCUUCGACCUGAGCCUGACUCCAGUCUUCGAGGGACUCACCUUCAAGUGCAUUAAGCUCCAGUUCGGGGGGGAGGAGACUCAGAAUGAAGCCUGGAGCUGGUUGGCUGCCAAUCAGCUGUCGUCUGUCGUCAACACCAAGGAGUCCAGUGCAACAGACGAGGCGUGGCGUCUCCUGUCCUCCUACCUUGACCUCCAUCCGUCCUCUAACGGGCAGCAUCAUCGCUGCGUCAUCAACAAGCUGCUGUCUCAUGCUGUGCCGCUCCCCGAUUGGCUCGUCUCUUCUUAUAAGGGCGUGGACGCUGCAACCCUGCUGCGUCUCUACCUGAACUUUGACCUCCUGGACGCUGCAGCUGAGCUGGUGCUGGAGUACAUCGACGCGCUGCUGGGACGGGGACACCAGUACUUUGGGAUAGAGAGACCUCUGUCUGCGACCUCCUCCUCCGUGUGGCUGCCCUACACCUCCAUCGAUCAGCUGUUACGUUCUCUGAACGAGACGCAGACCAGCAGCAACAUUUAUAAUAAAGUUCGGGACAAACUGGCCGAUUAUCAUCGUCUGGUGGAGCAGACGACCAAGCGGAGACUCGCCACCCGCUGAUCCCUCGGCCAAUCAGAGCCCUGAUGAUGUAAUGAA